CACAGACAGUCGGAAUCGGACGCAAAGUACCUUGCCGCGUAUAGUUAUUGAUCGAACCGGUUGAUUUUGGUCUGCUGGGUGGACAUAUCCUGAAUUGGUGUGCAGUGGAAAGUGACCAGAUCACAGAUUCUGAAGGAGUAAAGUGCUAACCGGCCAUCCGCGCCAUGUCCGGUACGAUUCUGGAGAAUCUCAGCGGCAAGAAGCUGAGCAUUCUGGUUUCGAGUCUGCUGUUUCUGCAAUUUCUCUGCUUCCUGUUGGGUGGUCUCAUAGCUCCCGUUCCAUCGAGCGUCCAGACGAUUCUGGCCACCAUCUGCAAGGACGUUCCUGGUUCGCACAAUGACACCUCCAUUUGGCUGUAUUCCCGCGGUGACGAUCACUGCCAAAGUCUGGAGCACCUGGACAUCGAGAACCACGAUCUGAAAAUGGCCAACCAGAUUGUGUUCGUGUUCCAGAUGCCGCUUCCGCGGGAGGGCCGUCAGCUGGAUUACUCCCGGUGGCAGCAGAACCUGAUUGGGGUUUUGCAGACAGACAUUGCCUAUGACAAGAACAUCUUGCUGAAGCCGCAUUCUCAGAUGACCAUCGAUGCACGGUUGGCCUACCGGAAUAAGGGUGAUGCGGAUCACGAUUGGAAGUAUCUAGCUUCAUCGCUGGAGCGACGAGAUCUGGACUGCGUCGCUGACAACGUUACUGAUGAAUAUCUGUACAAUUGUAACGCCAUUCCGUUGUUUGAACUGGGAUCAUUACAUCAUGACUACUAUCUGCUGAAUGUGCGACUUCCGGUUGAUAGUGACCUGAAGAUGAAUUUAGACAUUGGCCACAUUCAAGACCUCCAUCUGUCGGUGAUCUACCAAAAUGGUGGGUUUACCAAGGUUUGGGUCUCCCUGAAAACCAUUUUCCUACCGUUCAUUGUCGUCAUCAUGGCUUGGUUCUGGCAACGCGUUCACUUGCUCCAGCGGAAACCGGCAUUACUGGAGUACAUGCUGCUAGCUCUAGGCAGUGCCCUGACAUUCCUGAAUCUCCCACUGGAGUACCUCACGCUAGUCUUCGACAUGCCCUUCAUGCUACUGUUGAGCGACAUCCGUCAAGGCAUAUUCUACGCCUGUCUUCUGUCGUUCUGGCUGGUAUUCGCUGGGGAGCAUAUGUUGAUCCAGGAAACUGGAGAAAAAUCUUCGCUCAAGACGUACUGGAAGCAUCUGGGUGCCGUGGCCGUUGGAUGCGUGUCAUUGUUCCUGUUCGACAUGUGCGAGCGUGGAGUGCAGUUGCGGAAUCCCUUCUACUCAAUUUGGGUUUCGAAGGUUGGAUCCAGCUUUGCGCUUGGAUUCAUAAUUCUGGCCGGUAUCUCAGCGGGACUGUACUUCCUGUUCCUGUGCUACAUGGUUUGGAGAGUGUUUUGCAACAUUAAUCUCAAGAGGACAUCCCUCCCUUCGAUGUCCUCCGCCCGUCGAUUGCACUACGAAGGCAUCAUCUACCGCUUCCAGUUUCUCAUGUUGGCAACCCUGCUGUGUGCGGCCCUGACCGUGAUUGGUUUCAUCAUCGGCCAGGUAUCGGAAGGUCGAUGGAAGUGGGACGAGAACAUCGAUCUGGAGUUCACCUCGGCUUUCUUCACCGGAGUCUAUGGAAUGUGGAAUAUCUAUAUCUUUGCGCUGAUUGUCCUGUACGCACCGAGUCACAAGAAAUGGCCAGUCAACGAAACUACCGAGCACAUCAUCAGCGAGGAAAUCGAAUUUAGCAAUCUACCAUCCGAUUCAAACCCUAGUGAGAUUUCUUCACUGACACAGUUUGCCCGUAAGGCUGCUUUGGAUUAGGGUGAUUUCAACGUGCAGGCGUCAGUAAUCUCUGUCAAUCAAAUCUCAUCGAUACCUACUUGUAUUAAUGUAUUACAACUAACAGAACGAAUCAACGAAAUAUUCUUUUGUAACUUGUGAAAUUUCUCGAAAAUAGAUGCAGACUUACAGUUUUCUUAUUACCGUGAUCAUCUGCCCCUGUAAUGGUAGAUCCUAAGAUUGCAUUUCUCGAGUAAUCAGAACGUCUAAGUAACAGUAAUAAAACAAUUCAGUAUUAUAUUGGUGUCAUAGUCAGUAAGUGCGCACUCAUCUCAUGCUGAGUUCUUUUUAUUAGGAAUAAUACAAUGUUAGAUUUAAGUGCCAAAUUGACAUCUUCAAUAAUCUUUUGAAAACAAUAUUACGUCUUCUUCCGAAAUAACAA